AUGCCACCCAUCCUCCAGCGCCUGCAGCAGGCCACCAAGAUGAUGAGCCGCCGGAAAAUCCUGCUGCUGGUUCUAGGGUGCAGCACCGUAAGCCUUCUCAUCCACCAGGGGGCGCAGCUCAGCUGGUACCCCAAGCUGUUCCCCCUGAGCUGCCCUCCUCUGCGGAACUCGCCGCCGCGCCCCAAGCACAUGACCGUGGCCUUCCUGAAGACUCACAAGACGGCAGGCACGACGGUGCAGAACAUCCUGUUCCGCUUCGCCGAGCGCCACAACCUGACAGUGGCCCUGCCGCACCCGAGCUGCGAGCACCAGUUCUGCUACCCGCGCAACUUCUCGGCGCACUUCGUGCACCCGGCCACGCGGCCGCCGCACGUGCUGGCCAGCCACCUGCGCUUCGACCGUGCGGAGCUGGAGCGCCUCAUGCCGCCCGGCACCGUCUAUGUCACCAUCCUUCGCGAACCGGCCGCCAUGUUCGAGUCACUCUUCAGUUACUACAACCAAUACUGCCCGGCCUUCCGGCGUGUGCCCAACGCCUCGCUCGAGGCCUUCCUGCGCACGCCCGAGGCCUACUACCGCGCCGGCGAGCACUUCGCCAUGUUCGCACACAACACGCUGGCCUACGACCUGGGCGGCGACAAUGAGCGCAGUCCGCGCGACGACGCCGCCUACCUGGCGGGCCUCAUCCGCCAGGUGGAGGAGGUUUUCUCGCUCGUCAUGAUCGCCGAGUACUUCGACGAGUCCCUAGUGCUGCUGCGGCGCCUGCUGGCCUGGGACCUGGACGACGUGCUCUACGCCAAGCUCAACGCGCGCGCCGCCAGCUCGCGCCUGGCCGCCAUCCCCGCGGCGCUGGCGCGGGCGGCGCGCACCUGGAACGCCCUGGACGCCGGCCUCUACGACCACUUCAACGCCACCUUCUGGCGCCGCGUGGCGCGCGCCGGCCGCGCGUGCGUGGAGCGCGAGGCUCGCGAGCUGCGCGAGGCCCGCCAGCGCCUACUGCGGCGCUGCUUUGGGGAUGAGCCAGUGCUGCGGCCUGCCGCGCAGAUCCGCACCAAGCAGCUGCAGCCGUGGCAGCCCAGCCGCAAGGUGGACAUUAUGGGCUACGACCUGCCUGGCGGCGGCGCCGGCCUGGCCACCGAGGCCUGCCUCAAGCUGGCCAUGCCCGAGGUCCAGUACUCGAACUACCUGCUGCGCAAGCAGAAGCGCCGGGGCGGUGCGCGGGCUCGGCCCGAGCCCGUCCUGGACAAUCCCCCGCCUCGGCCCAUCCGAGUGCUGCCUCGCGGCCCUCAGGGUCCCUGA